CUGCAACUCCAGGUCCUUUUGCUCUUGUCGCCUCGCCUGCCUACCCACCCACACCCAUAAAGUAGUCGGGAAUGACGCUCUGAUGUUUUGGUGUGCUAUUGGAUACCUGCCACAUAUGCCACACAUGCCACACGCACAGUAGCUACAUCAUCGCCUUAUUAGUCCGCCAGUCCGCCACCCUCACUUGUCAGAACUGACACCUGCGACCAGUCUGAGGGACACUAGCUACCACAGUAGCGCCGUCUGGGCCACAUGUCACAAUCACUGCCCACUACCUAUAGUACCUGGUUGCGGGUACACUGGUAGACACCAGGCCAGAAGGGGCCAGGGCUGGGGCCAGGGCCAGGGCUGCCGUCGUCAACAGGAAGCCAGCAUUGCGCCAGACGGCCUGACGGCGAGCGCACACAGACUCAAACGGUUGCCCGGCAGGGGUCCAAGGCCCAGGAUCCAGGUCCAACGAUCUCCGAAUUGCUGCUACCUUGGUCAGGGGUAGCGUCGGCCACCACCAAUCCGAGAGCUGCCUCAGCACCCACCUCGGCCGCUCUUGCUCACAAGGGCAGCCCGUCUCGACGACCGCCCACGCUCCACGCUCCACGCUCCACCCUGCUGACUGCCUGGCUCCAGGAACCUCCAUCCACAACUCGAGACACUCUCUGCAACACCGCAGGCGCAAACAAAUUCGGACUCUUCCCACCUUUUGCUCUGCCUGUCUCAGCCAAUUGGUCUCCCCUCGUCAUCUGGUCUUGUGUUUCCUUGUUUUCGAAACGUGCUCUGCCCUUGCACUCGACCGCCAACCCGGAAUCAAUCCUCUUUGUACCGCCGCGCCCUCGCUCCCUGCGCCGUCCCAUCCCGGCUGCACGCCCACUGGCCGGUUUCACUACUCGUGACCACACCGUCCUAUUGUAUGGCCUCUUGCCUAUUGUUCAACCACGUUUCGCAUUGUACUUGCGGCCUUCCCAGGCAUCAGUCACCGCCGAUCCGAGAUCGAGCCCACGGAGAUCUCAAACUUUCCCCCCUCACGUCGCCAAACUCUGACACCCACGUCACUUUCCGCCACGACGGUACCGCAGAAUUCCUCGUCUUCCAGAACAAACAAACACAACAGGCGCGUUCAAGGGCCUGCAUAUCAAACUUCACUCUCAAUCAAUCAAUCAUUGCGUCUUGUUCGCAUCGUGAAUCAACACAAUCUUAGUGUCGGGUUACUCAUUACACCACGCCUCGCAGGGCUGUCGUCCAACACGCCCGGCGAAACAUGGCGGGGGCACCGAGAGAGUCGAGCUUCAUGCCGACAAUCAAAUGUUCAUCAUGUGGGCAGCAAGUCGAGCUGUCCAUGAUGGGCGACCAUGUCUGCGGCAACAGCGCAGGUGGUGGCGGCGGUGGCGGCGCCAGCGCUCCUGCCGCGUCCAUCGAUGCGUUCUCACCGCUAUACAAAGGCAUACAUGACAAAAUCAGUGUACCACCAGUUGACACUGCCAUGGCCAAUCGCAGUUAUUCGCGGCAGCCGUUGACACCGCUCAGCUUUUCCAGUGGUUCAAGAAGUGUCUCACCUAGGACGCCAGGUGCCCGACCAAGUAUCGGCAGGGCCGACGAUUAUUUUGCACCUAGCAUCGCCAACGACGACCAGAAUCCCUCCCAGGCGAGGAGGUCUGGAGGCUAUGGCGGCUUCGGCGAUCCAGAUAUGUAUCCUGGUUACGCGCCAGCGAGCCCGCAGAAAAAGGCACCGAGCCUGCUAACGCGCAUGGACGACAUCGCCCCAGGUCCCUUUGGAAAUGGGCAGUCGCCUCCUAGGGGCAGAUUUGGGGGCUCACCGCCACGACGGAUGAACGAUGAGCCUGAGAGGCCCGGUACUUCUGCAUCAUCUGGUAGCAAUGGAGCCGGGAGCAUGGGUCCCCCGAGGGUACCGAGGAAGAACGGCUACGGUGGUUUUGGACCACCCCAGCGAGAAAAUCAGGAUGCGGAUGCCUUCGCUGGUCCAAAUCGGUCCAAGACGUUCCCCAGGCCAAACGAGGAGCUCGAGCCGCCACUACGCACUCCUUCGGCCCCCGGCCCCCGGCCAGAUCGCUACGACAAGUACCGGAAUCCGUCGACAGACAUGAAUGGGCGCAUGGGUCCAGUCGUAACCCGUGCGCCCCCUCCGAGGACGAGCCUAGUGCGCCCGCCGACCUCUGGAGGCAACGGCCCGAGUAUCAACCUUGCUGAAGAGUUUGGAGACAUGAACCCGUAUCACUCACCCUCGGUGUCGGUGUCAUCCUCACUCUCCCAGGGAUCCAGCCAGCCCAGCUAUCCAAGCUCGAGCACGAGUCCCGCUCGCUCCACGGCAUCGGGCCACAAACCAUCCAACACAUCUGGCUUCGACAAUCUAAUGAAUGAUAUACAGGCGUCCAUGGAUGAGCUCAGCCCGAGGGACUUGGACAGCCAGAGGCAGGCGCCGAGCGCCGAAGAGCGAUAUGACCCUGCCAUACAAGGUAGUCGGGCUCCUUCGAUGCCUGCCUCCAAGUUUGACCGAGACGCGCGGGUCGACCCGGCCAUCCAGGGAGGACUUCGAUCAGGAUCCUCGCCUCUGCCGCUGACCCAGGCUCGGGGGUCUCCUCCACGACGCGACCCGGUUGCUCGGGGAUCGCGCGGGAACUGCAGGGCAUGCGGCGAUGCAAUUGUGGGCAAGUCCAUCUCGAGCGCUGAUGGGCGGCUGUCUGGUCGUUACCACAAAGCUUGCUUUGUGUGCACAGACUGCAGCGAGCCUUUCCCGACGGCUGAAUUCUAUGUGCAUGACGAUCGGCCGUACUGCAAGCUCCACUACCACAAGGCCAAUGGCAGCGUUUGUGGGUCAUGCCGUGAUGGCAUCGAAGGACAGUACCUCGAGGAUGAGAGCAUGAAGAAGUACCACGUCCAGUGUUUCCGCUGUGGGGACUGCAAUGUCGUUCUGAGAGAUGGCUACUUCGACGUUGAAGGCAGGGCAUAUUGUGAGAAGGAUGCAUUCAGACGACUGCAGCCCCAGUCGUACAGGCGGAGCCCAUCGAUGAGCUCCCAGCGAAGCUACGGCAGCUCGAACCUCGCACCCCCGGGCAGGCCAGGAAUGCGUGGACCUCCGCCCAGCGGACCUCCUUACCGACCCGGCAUGCCGAUGGGCAACGGCAGACUAGGGCCGCCUAUGGGAGGUGGUCCAGGUAGAGGGCUUGCCCCAUCAGCCCCUAUGCCCAGGAUGGAGAAGAGGAGGACAAGGCUAGGAAUGAUGUAAAAGGCGAAAAUGUUGCAAACGGUUGGCCAUGUCCGGGUAUCCACACCGCCCUGGAUUCGACAUCUUACAAAAGGCUUCGUUUGAUACGGAGCUGUUUCUACCCAGCGCGCGACCGAUAUUGCUCUUUUCUUGGACUUUUGGAUCUCGAUUUCGACUUGAUAUUUCAGCAGCAGCUAGUGCAGCAGCCGCUCUAUACCCCGACUAUUGAUUGCAUCUGCAUUCUUCCUUCAUAUACCCAUUCGCUUCCGGCUUUUAUUGCGACGAGCGCUUGCUUGGUCGUUGCGAGGUGCAGUCGAUUUGCGAUCUAUGUUCUUUGGUGGCACCAAUAACCAUACCGACCUCUUGUCCAUACAGAGGGGUUUUGGAGUGCGCCUCAGCAUUUUUACGGCGUUCAGGCAUUGGGUUUUCGUUGAGGAAAUGAAUUAUUGUGUAGGAUGGCUCCAACCGGACAUGAAGCUCGCAUACGGCCAGCUCAGUCUAUCUUGUUAUAUGGGCGGGCACCUCUAAUACUGCCGAGGCGUAUGCUGGGUCUGGGUCCUUGGCUGAGUGCCAUUCAAACAGGCCAACGAGUCGAGCUUGGCAGAUGGAAGCAGAUGAGAACGGACGGGCCAGAAGGCUCAUUCACGCGACUGGUAUGAUGAGAGGUUACAAGGAGAGACGGCGACCCGAGUCUAGGCGAGGGCGAGGUCACUUGACCGUUUUCGUAUAUAUACCUACUUAUAUACAUCUAACCCACGCUCUGAGCUGGGUAGGUGGAGAUUCUGCAGCCUCUGUACAAUGGCGUGGAAACAUUGAAUAACACAAGAUAAUGCCGAGAA